AUGGAGGAGGAGAAAAUGAAAGAAGGAAGAGGUGACGACUGUAAGGACAAACCUACAUUAUGUGAUCGCGCACAAUGUGUAACAGAUACAUGGUUUACCAUCAGGAGUCGAAAGGAUAAGAGGGAUGCGGACUGGGUGGAAUACUGGAAAGAUAUCGGGCUUGAAUUGGAAAAACUGUCUACUGCUAUAACUACUGAAAGCACACGUGACGACAACCUGUGUGAAGGCAUUACAGUGGCAGAUAAUAAAACUGAAGGAGCAAAUAAAAAAGCAUGUAAUUAUAUUGUGAAAGGUUUAAAAUAUAUAUACAGUAUUGACUUGUCUCAUAAACAGAAUGAACAGGAUCACCCUUAUCUGAACCAACAAUUCCAACAAACUGUGGUAUGUCUUUUAUUAAAUGAAUUCGCAAGAAGAAUGGAGGAACAGGCGAAAGAAUUACCCUGUUCCAUAGAUAAGGGCAUAGAAAAAGGUUUCGGAUUCAUGGGAAAAAUUAAAAGUGAUGCAUGCAAGAGUGGUUAUCCAUGUGUUGAAUGUGGAAGGGAAAAAGAUUACUCUGAGAAAUGUGAAGUAGGUGAGAAGAAACUGUGGGAUGGGGUGAAAGAGAAAAUCAAUGGCAAGAAGAAUGAAAUAGAUAAAACUCUAAAUGCUAUAUGUCAGAGCACUCCCAAGCCCGAAGAAGAAGCACCAGUUGCUUCUGAGGAAGGGGCCGAAAGGGUCGAGGAAGAAAAAGAGGAAGAAGAGGAGGAGGAGGAAGAACAGGAAGAAGAACAAGAACCUGGACCCUCAGAGGAAGCAGCUGGUGGUGCUGAAGGUGCUCUAGGUGCUGGGGGUUCAAAGUCCAGUCCUGGCACCCCUCCGGUUCCUUCCCCUGCCAAACUUGUUAACAUGAAGGACAACCCCUUCCUUCCUUACCUCCCUCUUGCUCCUGCCAUAAUUGGCAUUUCUGCUAUGAGUUACAUCCUUUGGAAGUAUUUUGGAAUGCUUCGUAAGGGAAGAAAACGUUACAGAAGAGCGCAUCAAGAACAAAUUAUCCAACACAUAGAGGAGGAUGGUCCACAUGCAUAUACUUUAGUAAAGGAACGCAGACACCCUCGUUCUACGCCUGAAAAAAGAAGGAAAAAACGGGGCGUUGAUCGCCGUGCUGGUCGUCGUGGUGUACGUGGCCGCAUGAUUAUUGAUAUUCAUUUAGAAGUAUUAAACGAAUGUCAAAAAGGGGACCUACAUUCGACGAAGGAAGACUUUUUUGAAAUUUUGGUUCAAGAAUUCAUGGGAAGCGAAUUUAUCAAGGAAGACUUUCUUCCUAAGGAACAGGUUCCAAGUUCAGAUUCCGGGUUUAGGGAAGGAAAACUUUAUUCCUAA